GUGGACAAAUACCUCAGCCGCCUCAGGAGAGGUUGAGAUCUCAGCCUGGGGGCCUCUUCUGAGGUCAGAGACCCCAGCGCCUACUGAGCGGGUGGUGCUCUUCCCAUCUCAGAGAGACCGAGGAGGAGCCUGAGACUGUUCCUGGACAUCCUGUGAACAUCAGAAAAUAUUUUGUGGAGGCAUUAAAAGAAGGGAAUAUGGUGUUCACAUUUGCUUCCAUGGAUUCCAACCAAUCUUCCUUGGAAACAAACACAUCUUGACAAGUGAUCUUUCCUAAGCAAGGACAAAGGUAUUAAAAAGGAUUCCAUCCUCCUCCUCCGUCCUUGUGCCCAAACUCUACUGGUUUCUCAUUCCGUGAGGAUGAUUUGGUGGAAGAAGAUACAGUGGCAGCAGCGUUACCUGUGGGCCCUGGGCUGCUAUAUGCUGCUGGCCAUUGUUGCUCUGAGGCUUUGUCUCAGAUUGAAAUGUGACUUUGAUUCCCUGGAUCUGAAGUCCAGAGAUUUUCACAGCCGGCACUGUAGAGACAUCUUGUACAAGUCCCUGAAACUGCCAGCAAAGAGAUCCAUCAACUGUUCUCGGAUCAUCCAGGGGGACCAGCAGGCAGUGAUUGAGGCUGUGCUGGACAACCUGGAGAUCAAGAAAAAGCGGAAGCCUUUCACAGACACUGACUACCUUAACAUGACCAGAGACUGUGAGCACUUUAAGGCUGAAAGGAAGUUCAUACGGUUCCCUCUGAGCCAAGAAGAGUCAGACUUCCCUAUUGCCUACUCAAUGGUGGUCCAUGAGAAAAUAGAAAACUUUGAAAGAUUGCUCCGAGCUGUGUAUGCCCCUCAGAACAUAUACUGCAUCCACGUGGAUGAGAAAUCCCCAGAAACUUUCAAAGGGGCAGUCAAAGCAAUUAUUUCAUGCUUCCCAAAUGUCUUCAUGGCCAGUAAGUUGGUUCGGGUGGUUUAUGCCUCCUGGUCCAGGGUGCAGGCUGACCUGAACUGUAUGGAAGACUUGCUCCAGAGCCCAGUGCCAUGGAAAUACUUACUAAAUACAUGUGGGACAGACUUUCCUAUAAAGACCAAUGCCGAGAUGGUCCUGGCCCUCAAGAUGUUGAAUGGGAAGAACAGUAUGGAGUCAGAAAUACCUACUGAGUACAAAAAGACUCGCUGGAAAUAUCACUAUGAGACAAAAGACACAUUGUAUGUAACCAACAAGAUGAAGGAUCCUCCCCCUGAUAACAUACCUAUGUUCACAGGGAAUGCCUAUAUUGUAGCUUCCCGAGACUUUGUCCGACAUGUCUUAGAGAACCCCAAGUCCCGACAACUGAUUGAAUGGGUAAAAGACACCUAUAGCCCCGAUGAGCAUCUAUGGGCCACGCUUCAGCGUGCACCCUGGAUGCCUGGCUCUAUUCCCUACCACUCCAAGUUUCACGUCUCAGAUAUGGCAGCCAUUGCCAGGCUGGUCAAGUGGCAGGGCCAUGAGGGAAACAUCAGUAUGGGGGCACCUUAUGCACCUUGCUCUGGAAUCCACCAGCGGUCUAUCUGUAUUUACGGGACUGGAGACCUGCAUUGGAUUCUUCAAAACCAUCACCUCUUGGCCAACAAGUUCGACCCAAAGGUGGAUGACAAUGUUCUUCAGUGUUUAGAAGAGUACUUACGUCAUAAGGCCAUCUAUGGGACUGAACUCUGAGAUAAACUAUAAGAGGAUUGCUACCUGUGGGGCAAGAACAUGUGGAUACAUACUUCAGAUGGGCUGGGACAAUGUGGGGUGGGAGACCAGGGCUCUGCAAUUUGUGGUAUCCCCAAGUUAGGGGGCUGCUAUCGGAGUGUGGGUAAGUAGAUCUGCCUUGCAACUUGCUGUCCUGGGUGAACACUCCUGGUGAGCAUUCACCCACCCCACUCCUAAGAGCUCUCCCACUGACUUUGUCACAGAGUCAAAAUAAGAAGCCGUUAUUUGGGAGAGUAAGGGAGGGAAGUGUGGCAGGGGACCCUGGAUUUCAGUUGAGUGCUUGCUGUCUGCUUUUCUACUCUAUGCUGGUUCUAAUAAAUUCUAGGCUUGGUAGUGGGGGCGGGGUGGGACUUUAAUGAAAAGAGGGCCUUUUGUACUAUUAACUUAAAAAUAAAUAGCUCUUUAUUCAAA